AUGAACGGCUUUCCAGGAACAGUCCAUUCUCUCAGGCCUGGUGACAUCCACCCCAUUCCUUACACUCCAGUACCAUCCAUCGGGGCAGAACUAGGUAUUAUGUUUGGCUUCAUCCUCCUGUCGAUAGUAACUAUGCUUCUCUACUGGUACUUCUGGCAAGCCGCCCAAAAGCGCAACGCUGCCAUUGAAGCCGCUCGUCGCGAAGCCCUCACCGCGCAAGACCGACUACGGCAAUCUGAGAAACACCGGGAGCAGGGUACAGACUAUAAUAGUGAGCAUGACGAUUUGGCAGCUUCGGGAGCUAUUGAUGGGAUACCGAGUCGGUCGACUCGGAACGGCACCAGUGCGAAUGGCUUUGGCUUUGGCAAUACGAUGCAAGACUUGAUAGUGUAA